UCACUUGGCCUCAUCUCAAUGCGCUGCGGUGGGAACGUGCAGGAGAGCUUGACACGCAUAAGCGGGUCUUCUCUCAAAGCACACGCACCUUCCCGAACAUACAUCCAUGCUUCAUGGUUCCUCUUCUUGUCACCGGCGACUCCAUCUUGGUGUUUGAUGUGGAGCAUGUGCGGGUACUUAGAGAACAUGGCAUUGUUGGUGUACUUAUAGGCUCGUUACCCAAAGCGCCACAGCAAAAUGUAUUUCUCGGUCUUCCGCUUCAGUUGAGCAUCUACGAGGCAAUUUGGCUGAUUCAGGCUGGCUUUGCUAUUCUUUUGGAUGGUGCCAAAUAUAGCGAGUUUUUGGCUGGAACGAACUCACUGAGUCCUGCAGUCGUGUCUCUCCUGAACUCAGUUCAAUAUGCGGUCACUCUGGACACACAUAAGCCAGAAGCAGAUGCAGACCUUGGACCUUACACAAUUCUGCCCCAAUCCAUGAUCGAAAAGUACUGUACACCAAAAUCGGAGUUUCAAAAACCUGCUGAGUUUUGGCAUUUCUAUUUUGCUUUCAAAUACCUCCGUGAGUUACAGUAUUUCAUGAUGCCGGGGCUUCGAUUUGGCGGGAUAUUUGUCGCGUACCCAGGUGACCCGUUAAAGUUCCACUCUCACUUAAUCGUCAAAGCUUUAAAGCCAGAAGAGGAAAUAGAUUUGCUUAAAAUCGUAACCAGCGGCCGUUUGGCUACAGCAGUGAAAAAAUCCUGGCUUCUUGUAGCGGAGAAAAAGAGGAACAAUGAAGAUGAAAAACCAAGUAUGAAGGACUCCCCAGAGAUGCUAGCGUUCUCCAUUGAAUGGGCAGGUUUUGGGUAAAAGAAAAUAUUGAUACCUUACAAACAAGUCAUUUUAUAAGCCAUAGAAAACUUAUUUACAAACACAGCCGUCUUUAACACCGCUGUCACUUAGUUUUUGUGCUUACCUUUUCCACACAUAUGAUGAUGGCCAUGCUUCUUUUGAUCAUGAUCAUUAUCGUGGUGCUUCUUGUCAUGGUCCUUGAAG